AUGGCGGCGCUGUUGAAGAAACGUGCACUCGCCGAGUUUAGUCAAGUGAUUCAGGAGGAGCCCCGUCCUGUGAAAAAGCUACGGUUGAUUCAAAAGCCUCCUUCACAGGAAAUUAACCUUGGCCUUGAAUCUUCAACAUCCUCACAAGAUGCACUCCAGAGAUUACUUCUGUUUGAAGACUCUUUACCGAUUUCCUCAGAGAACAUCGCUGGUGUUGUUAGGGAUUUACUAGUUCAUUUUCACAGAGAAAAGGGGACAGCAGUCAGAGUUACGAUUGCACAUUUGCUGAGUAAACUGGCAAAAGCUCCUGGCUUUAAUUGUGAAGCCAUGUUUGACGAAGUGUUGCCCUUGCUGAAAUCUGAAAAAUCUCACAAGGUCAAAGGUCAGCUGCUGAGUUGCCUGUUGUCCAUUGGCCAGUCCUUGCCUCUGCAUGCUUCCAUUCAUCAACAGAUAGUCAGUCUUGCCAAAGAGCAUUUGACUGACACCAGCCAUCUUGUCAGGAGCAACUGCUUGGAUAUCAUUGGCUCCCUGGCGUCACAUGUCCCAGACCGGCAGGAGGAAAGCCAAUCAAAUACCUUGUCACAAGUUCAGAAGUUACUCGGUCAGUUUACUCAGGAUUCUGACCCACGUGUUAGAACCAGUGCGUUCCAGGCCAUGAUACAGUUACACCAGAGAGGCUUGAAGCUGGAACAGACUCUGUACAAACAGGCCAACCAAGCUCUGACAGAUGACUAUGAGAGUGUGAGAAUGGCUGCUGUUAAGCUGGUCUGGCUGCUCUGUCAUCUCUACCCAGAGAGUCCCGUUCCUGUUAGCGACUCAGAUGAAGAGUUACGCAUGGUUGAUGACGGAUUUGCUAAAAUCUGCAACAUGGUCAACGAUCUGUCGGUGCGUGUGAGAACGGAGGCUGCUACACUAUUGGGUUCUCUUCAUCAAGUUAGCCCGAAGUUUCUGGAGCAGACUUUGGAUAAAAAAUUGAUGUCAAACAUGAGGAGAAAGCGCAGCGCCCAUGAACGUGCCAAAGAGCACUAUUCCACAGGGGAGUGGUCUUCUGGGCAGAAAUGGGCAGAUGAUGCCCCGAAGGAGGCUGUGGACCCGGACAGUAUUAACGUGAUGAGCUUUGGAGCUUGUGGGGCUUUUGUACAUGGGCUAGAAGAUGAGUUCCUGGAGGUGAGGAAUGCUGCGCUGGACUCAUUGUGCGAGUUGGCUGCCCAGUCCCAGAACUUUGCCGUUCUCUCCCAGGACAGCAUGAUCGACAUGUUUAAUGAUGAAAUCGAGAGUGUUCGACUCAAUGCCAUCAAUAGUCUUCGCAAAAUCAGCCACCAGGUGGUGCUGCGAGAAGAUCAGCUAGAUAUCAUUUUAGGCGUUCUGCAGGAUUUCUCAGUUAUAUCAAGGGAGGCUCUUCGUGAGAUGUUAGGGAACAUGCAAUUGGCCACCAAGGAAUGUCUAAACAGCUGUGUCGUUGCCCUAUUGGAUAAUUUGAAGAGAUACCCUCAGGACAAGGAAUCAGUCUGGAAGUGUUUCCAGCAGCUGAGUGGGAACCACCCUGAGUUGACCCUAGCCCUGGUCCCUGAUCUGCUCUUAGUACAUCCUUACUUUGACACCCCAGAGCCCAACAUGGAUGACCCUGCAUACAUUAGCAUCCUGGUGUUGGUGUUUAAUUCAGCCCCUCACUGCCCCACCAUCAUGCCACUGUUCCAAGACUUCAUCUGGAGGCAUUACAGGUACCUGAGAGACAGUUUACCAGAGCUGGUACCUGACAUACAGUCCACGUGUGUGAUACUGGAGAAAACUGACAGCAAACACGCACACUCUGAAGGGUCAGGGGAGUUUCUCAGGCAGUCCGUAAAACGGUUAGAGUGUCUUGGGUCAUGUGACUUAUCUACGGCUCAGCAGCUAGUGGAAAUCACGAUAAGGGAUUUUGAGCGUGUGUCAGAAUUGGACCCCAGGGAGUCUGCGUCAGCAGAGUGUGUGGCUCUCUUUCUCAGCACCCAGCAGGCUCUGCUUAAGAUUUCUACAGUUGGGUCAUCAUCCAGCUUAACAAAACAUAUCAAGACUUUGAUUGAUAAGAUUUUGUCUGCAUGUAACAAACUGGAGAACCUCUACAUCGGGCUGGGAUGUGAAGAGGUGGGGGUCGUGCUACAGACAGAGCUGAAGGGAAUGUCCUGGAACCUGGUACACCAGCGGUCAGAGCCUACGAAUGUGGGACUGACAGCUAGCUGCGAGAACAUUGUACACUGUCUGCACAAACUGCAGAGGUUUCUCUCCAACACGGAAGUAGAGCCCGAUGCUUUCACAGCACAGCUUUUGAAAGACUUGCCCGUGCUGGAAAUGCUGCGACCGUCUGUGACUGCGAAAACCAUCCAGUCUGCUCUCCCUUUGAUAAAGCCCUGCCAUCUGCCAUUGACCAAUCACAUACGGAAGGCGACUGCGGUGAUCAAGCAGCCGACUGGACUGUCGGACAAUGCUGUGAAGUUCACCGCAGGGCUGACUGUCAGCGUUGAGGUGGAUGCCAUCUUGGAAAACGUGCAGGAGAUACAGAAUAUCAGAUUACAGGUGAUUUACCCAGACUCGGAAACCCACUUGUUGGUGCCAAAGGCUGGCGACUUCAGGAAGCUGAGUGUUCUACGCCACAGACUCAUCUCUGACGUGGUGAUUUCACAUUCCCUGUGGUCAGAGGCUUGCCAUGUUGAGUUGAGCAUUGUUGUUGUUGUACCACCCCGAUCAAUCCAGUCGUCAAGGGGGACAACUCAGGAAGUGAAAGAAAAUGUGCUUGAACUGUGCAAACCUGUGAAAAUACUUGUUUUGCCUAAACCAGUGAAAAGGUGACCUGUGUGUUGAUUAGAAAAUAAAUCAAGAAAUGCAGGUGAACUGUGGGUUUCAAACUUUUGACUGUGUGGCAUCUUAAUAGUUGUCACAGAUGUUCUUACUCCAACAACAACUCAUCACUCCAUAAAUUUGACUUUUGAGUGGGUACAAGAAUUGUACGAGGACUUGGCCUUGCGCCCAUUCUUUUGAGGAAAAUCUGCAAGACAUCAGUUAGUCCUUCAAGAGCUGGUGAUCACUUUGAGCUGGUAUUUCUGUAAAGAAGCUCUGCCAAAGGGCUGUCUGGGAGAUAGUGCUUUUCAUCCACAUGGGUGUUCUGGUGCCAGUGGUUCUACAUGGAUGUUCUGGAGACUCUGGCAGUGUUCAGUUAUGGCAACAAUGUUAGUUAAACUUUGCCUUUGACUAUUAAAUCACUCAGCUGACUGUACUUUAGUUUAUCUCCAAGUGAACUAAUGGCUAAUGAAUGUGCAAUUUAAUGUAGUGCUUUAGCUUCAUUGUAGGAAGCCAGUGAUACUUGAUAAGGUAAGGCAGUCAUUUGACUCCCCUCCAUAUGGAGAAAACGUUUGUGAUCACAUGGCAAUGGAUGAGUACCCUAAAUGACCUAAAAAUCUGACCACAAAAGAGCAUUUUUGGAGGCAAAUCCAUGUGUAUGUCAUAAGAUAUUU